ACUUAUUUCAUCCCUCGACCAAAAAAUCACUCUUCCUCUCUCUCUGAGCAAAAACAACCCUAAAAGUAUCCAAUGAUGAGGGGUAUUGUCACCGGCACCGCCAAGAGGCUCUCAACUCCAUCAUUAACGUCGACGACCACCGCCUCUGCGAGAAGAAGCUACAGCUUGAUCCCAAUGGUUAUCGAGCACUCGUCGCGAGGAGAGAGAGCUUACGACAUCUUCUCUCGAUUACUCAAGGAGCGUAUCAUCUGCAUCAACGGCCCAAUCAACGACGAUACUUCUCACGUCGUCGUCGCGCAGCUUCUCUUCCUCGAAUCCGAGAAUCCGUCCAAGCCGAUCCAUAUGUAUCUCAAUUCGCCUGGUGGCCACGUCACCGCCGGUCUUGCGAUUUACGAUACUAUGCAGUACAUCCGUUCUCCGAUAAGCACAAUCUGUUUAGGCCAGGCUGCAUCAAUGGCUUCUCUCCUCUUGGCAGCUGGUGCCAAGGGACAGAGGCGGUCUCUGCCGAAUGCAUCGGUUAUGAUUCAUCAGCCUUCAGGUGGGUAUAGUGGUCAGGCUAAGGAUUUAACGAUUCACACGAAGCAGAUUGUUCGUGUGUGGGAUGCUUUGAACCAGCUGUAUGUGAAACACACGGGUCAACCCAUCGAUGUGGUUGAGAAGAACAUGGAUAGGGAUAAUUUCAUGACCCCUGAAGAGGCUAAGGCGUUUGGGAUAAUCGAUGAAGUGAUUGAUGAGAGGCCGUUGGAGUUGGUGAAAGAUGCAGUUGGGAGUGAAAGCAAAGAUAAGAGUUCAAGUUGAAGGAAGUCACUCUGGUAAUCAAAAGUAAUAAAAUUUCUCUUUCUUUUACUUGAGUUUAAGAUCACACUUCUCUAUGGGUUUAUUUAUUUUUAUCAUUGGACUAUAUGUUUCAGAACUAUUUUCGUUGCAUGUUUACAGUGUCAUAUCUGAUUUGAGUUGAAUGGAUAAAUUCCAGGGUCAGUCUGAUCCAAU